GAGCGGGGCCCGGCCCGCCCCGUGCUCUGCCUGUCGGGGCGGCCCCGGCCCCUCCGCACUCGCCGCUGCCGACCGAGCGGAGCGGAGCCCGGCGGAGCCGCCGCUGCAGCCGUCAGCGCCAUUGGCGUCAGCUAUGGCAGGUGCUAACAGUACUUGAAGAAAGCAACCUUUCCAGCUGGAUUGUUGAGGAACUUUGCGAUUCCCUGAGCUGCUGCUGUUUAAAUAAGGAAUUGUCCUGUUAGUACUUGGCUGGUCAACCCAGAAGCAUUCUCUUGUGUACUGUAUGCAAGUCCCUGACAUUCUGGAAACGAUGGGAAUUGGUAAGAAUACCACUUCAAAGUCAGUGGAGGCGGGAGGCUCAACAGAAGGCAAAUAUGAGGAUGAAUCUAAACAUCCCACCUUCUUCACCCUGCCUGUUGUCAUUAAUGGUGGAGCAACAUCCAGUGGUGAUCAGGAUACAGAAGACACAGAGUUGAUGGCUAUCUAUACUACAGAAAAUGGCAUAGCAGAAAAGAGCUCUUUGGCAGAGACUCUAGACAGCACUGGCAGUUUAGAUGCUCAGAGAACUGAUAUGAUUUACACUAUCGAAGACGUUCCUCCAUGGUAUCUCUGCAUAUUUUUGGGGUUACAGCAUUACUUAACAUGUUUCAGUGGAACUAUAGCAGUUCCCUUUUUGCUUGCUGAUGCCAUGUGUGUUGGAUUUGACCAGUGGGCUACCAGCCAGUUGAUUGGGACCAUUUUCUUCUGUGUGGGCAUCACUACAUUGUUACAAACAACUUUUGGGUGCAGGUUACCCUUGUUUCAGGCAAGUGCUUUUGCAUUCUUAGCGCCUGCUAGAGCAAUACUUUCCCUGGAGAAGUGGAAAUGUAAUAAUACAGAUAUAACAGUUACAAAUGGAACAACAGACCUGCUUCAUACUGAGCACAUCUGGUAUCCCAGAAUACGAGAGAUCCAAGGUGCUAUUAUCAUGUCCUCCUUGAUAGAAGUGGUGAUUGGUUUGCUUGGCCUUCCUGGUGCCCUCUUGCGAUACAUUGGACCUCUGACCAUCACUCCAACUGUUGCUCUAAUUGGCCUCUCUGGUUUCCAAGCAGCUGGAGAAAGAGCUGGCAAACACUGGGGUAUCGCAAUGUUGACUAUUUUCCUAGUGCUGCUGUUUUCUCAGUAUGCCAGAAACGUCAAAUUUCCCUUACCCAUUUACAAAUCCAAGAAAGGAUGGACAGCUUAUAGGCUGCAGCUUUUUAAGAUGUUCCCUAUUAUUUUAGCGAUUUUGGUGUCAUGGCUGCUUUGUUUCAUCUUCACUGUUACGGACGUCUUUCCCCCUGACAGUUCAAAGUACGGCUUCUAUGCUCGCACGGAUGCCCGACGAGGAGUGCUGUUGGUAGCUCCAUGGUUCAAAGUUCCUUAUCCUUUUCAGUGGGGACUACCAACAAUUUCAGCUGCUGGAGUUAUAGGAAUGCUUAGCGCAGUUGUUGCUAGCAUUAUUGAAUCAAUAGGAGAUUACUAUGCCUGUGCCAGGUUGUCAUGUGCUCCUCCUCCACCUAUUCAUGCAAUAAACAGAGGGAUUUUUAUUGAAGGUCUCUCCUGUGUUUUGGAUGGAGUAUUUGGGACAGGGAAUGGAUCCACUUCUUCCAGCCCUAACAUUGGUGUCUUGGGCAUCACAAAGGUUGGAAGUCGCAGGGUUAUACAAUAUGGAGCAGCCUUCAUGCUCUUGCUUGGGAUGGUUGGCAAGUUCAGUGCUCUCUUUGCAUCGCUGCCUGACCCUGUGCUUGGUGCCCUCUUUUGUACUCUCUUUGGGAUGAUUACAGCUGUGGGUCUGUCAAACCUCCAGUUCAUAGAUUUAAAUUCUUCUCGCAAUCUGUUUGUACUUGGAUUUUCCAUUUUCUUUGGGCUUGUCCUCCCAAGCUAUCUCAAACAGAAUCCACUGGUGACAGGAAUAACAGGCAUUGAUCAAGUAUUAAAUGUUCUUCUCACUACAGCCAUGUUUGUUGGUGGCUGUGUUGCAUUUAUUUUGGAUAAUACCAUUCCAGGAAGCCCUGAAGAAAGAGGAAUAAGGAAAUGGAAGAAAGGGGUUGGUAAAGGAAGCAAGUCACUGGAUGGCAUGGAAACAUAUGAUUUGCCCUUUGGCAUGAACUUCAUAAAAAAAUACAGGUGUUUCAGCUUCCUGCCCAUCAGCCCUACCUUCAUGGGUUACACGUGGAAAGGCUUCAGGAAAAGCAGCAACUGCAGGAGUUCAGAUGAAGACUCAGAAGCUGCAGUAUAGCCUUAGUUGAAAUUAUAUUAUCUAGUUGUAGUAAGAGAUGUAUUUGCAGUUUCUUGCUGAUUAAGAAGCAUUAAAAUAUAUGUUUUGUAUAUCUGCAUUUAAAUUCUGGAACCAGAGCUGAGACGGAUUUAAAAAAAAAAAAAAAAGCUUUCCUGUUGUGGGUGGUGGUAGCCAGAUCUAGUGUCUCUGAGUCAAAUUUGCAAAUACUCCUGUUUGAUUUUUUUUCCAGAAACUACAGAUACCUGUAUACACAAAUCUGUUUAUUUAAAAUGGGGCUUAGAUUCCUGAAGUAUUUAAGUGCUAUGGAAAAUUUUACUUUUUAUAGUGAUUUUAAGUCACUGAUAAUGCCAGUUUGGCUUAUUCAUUGCUUGUAACAUUAGUUAUGCCAUGAAAUUUGGUUCCUAUGGAGGAAAAAAAAAUCUAAUUAUGUCUAAUCACAAAUAUUGUUUUCUAACCACUGAUUUGCACAUUCCAUACUUUCUGAUCCCUGGAAACCAGACUGAAUUUAUACUGGCAAAUCAUAAGAGUAUUUUUCAAAUUACUUGAUAGUUCAGUUAGAUGUCCAGUGUUAGGACAGAAGUUUCCAUUUGCACGUGAAAAUUAUGACCGACUUUCGCUAGCUUGUUGCUUUAGAAGAUACCACUCACUUCUUGUCAGUUUGCAUUUUUAAAUGUUUUCUGCCUGGCUUUUAACCACCUAACUGGUGUCCAGGCAUAGGUUUUCUUUGAAGGGCCUUAUGUAGCUUGAGUUUUGUAGAGAUAAGAGACUUAACUUCAGAUGGGACCUGAUAACUGUUCUUAUAGCAAAACGCAUUUAUCCAGCUAGAUGUUUUCUGAACAAAAACAGUAAUUAGUUAAACGGUUCUAAGCAAUUAACAUCUGUAUACAUACAGCUUUUCCUGUGGGGAAAACCAGAUAGUCAAAUUGCAGCCAGCGUUUGCUGGUAUGGAUCUGUGUAAAAUUUUCUUGUUUGGAUGUUGAGAGCCAGUGCUGCCUAUGAAUGGCUUCUGUUGCAUUGCCUAAUUUUUUCCCUCUUUUGUGGGAUUACUACAAAAGCUUGCUACUUCCAGAGAGGUGAACUUAAAUGACAGAGACACUACAUUUGAUGUCCUCAUCCACUGGGUGGUUUAACGGGUAUUGGGUCCAAUCAGGACACCAUUCAGAUUUUUUUUUCCUGGAAUAGUCUCAGUUCUGAUGUUAUGUGAGUGUUCAUGCUCGUCAUGCAUUCAUAAUUAAAAGUUUUAUUCAUGUUUAAUGUUCUUACUAUUGCAAGUUAGUUUUAGACUUCAGUGUGGCCCCAAAAGCAUUUUUAAGCUGUGGAGAUCAUCAGGGAAAUGUAGUGUAAUGUAAUUUCAAGGCCAGUAUGCUCUACGGUGCUUGCAUUUUGUAUUCCUGGAAAAACGUAACAGUAGAUCCUGUAAUUCACUAAUAUAUUUAUCAAAGUUUGACUACUGGACAGGAGCGCAGGAACUCUGUUUUCUCUGAGUCUACUUCCACGUGAAUGUUGUUGGUUAUUGAAGCAUGGAAGGGUUGGGGUGGGGAGGGCAAGGAAAGAGCUUAAUGGAUCAGUACUGAAUAGUGUAGGAUCAGAAUGAUUCCAUUGAUAUCCUUUUCAGCAUGUCAUGGCUGUUUCCAGAAACUAUUUUAUGCCGCUUUUUCCGUAACAAAGCAUGUGUGUGUCCCUGCUUUAGGGAACUUUCAAUAGUUUGCAGUCUCGGUGUCAGUUGGACUAUCUCGAAAGCUGGUUGGAAGAGUUAUUGUGUCAUAGACAAAGGUUAGUUUGCCUGUAAAACUGUCAUUUUUAUCAUUUGAAAUUUUGCUCUUUGGGUAGUGAGGUGUUAGAUUUCCACAUCCACUUGCAAAUAGUUUGAGUGCAGAAACCUCUAAUUAGUAAUACCAAGCUUCCAAAUUUCCCAAAUUUAUGUGCAACCAAAGAUGUGCGGGAGAGAUGGAAGAGUUAAGAAUAAGUAAAUAAACUAAAAAUGGAAACAAACAAAAAAAGACACCUGUAUAUGGUGGUUAUUAUCAUGUAAAAAUGCCAAAGUUGAUUAUCUUUAAAAUGUUGAGAGAGGCAAAGUUUUGGUAUUUAGAACAGUGCCACCUUGUAAAUACUGAAGUGUUUCAGUUCCAGUGAUGCUGUGAACUGAGACAGCUGUGUUGUGAGGCUUUUCUAAUCUUUUCCCCCAAAUAUUCUUUUGACAACAUGAAUGCUUACACACUGAAGAGAUCAGAUGAUGAGAAAUAACAUUUUAUCUUCUCUCACCUUUGGCUGGAGUAAAGCUGUACAUUUUCUGUAUUGCCUGAACUGAGCAUGUCAGAAAGAAUUGCCGAGAUGAUUUGUGGCACUUAAGUUAUGGCAACAACUCCAAGGAUUUUUUCUUUCUUCGUGGGGCAGAAUACCACCCUUUUCUUGCAGCGUAGGAAAGACUAUCCAAAUAGGUGAAAUCAGAUUACUCUGUCAAACUUGGAUUUAAUUCUUUCUCAACUUUUGGUUUUACCGGACUGAUUCUGUUGACUGGCUGAGAAGUGCAGUAGCGUUUAGCUGGCAUGCUUUGCUUUUCUUGCCACUUAACAUGGUAACACUAAAAUAAGUAGUUGUAGUUAGCAGUCAUUUUUGUAACCAAAUUUGUUAUCACGUGUAACAACACUGUCAAUCUUACUAAAAACAUUAAUGGUUAAAGAUGGGCCUCAAUUUAGCAGUGGAGAUCUGCUGAAGCACCUGUAAUGUAUAGGGAAAGGUUACGAUGAAGUUAGUGGUGGUACCCUGGACAUGCAGGGAGUGUUCUGAUACAUCUGCUGCAUCUCAAAUAUUUAUAUUAAAGCAUGCAUCUCUUCAGUGGUUUGAGGUGAGCAAAGGACAGAACUGGUACAUAAUUCGCCUUGGAAAGAGAAGCUCCCCUUUCUCUUUCUGAUGCAUCUGAAACAGUCCCAGAGAAGAUGCAAAUGCAAUGCUUGCUUUUCUUUGCGAUGGAAAUGCUCAGAAUUGCCCCCAUUUUUGUACAGUUGUGGCAGGCAAUUGCAGACCCUAAGUACUACUCCCAUGUACACUUUUCUACAUUUGAGUCCUAGAGUGGCUGUUGUGAAAUGUGCUUACCUGGAAGAGCAUAGUUUGCAGUCUGAGCUGCUGUGCAGUUGUUGCUGGCAGAUGUGUUGCAGAGGGUUAACUUGCAGUUUUGAAAAGCAUUUAAAUUCUUUGUUUUAGCUGUUUACAUCUAGGAUUUGAUGUGUAAAGGUGGCUGGAUAUAGAAAUAUGUCAGUAAAUGCAAUACUGUACUUUUUCUAUAGGUAAUUGCCUGCCUUUCAAAUUGCUGUGUUGAGCAAAACCACAUACAGAAGACAACACCUCAGAGAUGAGUUAAGAGGCAAUGAGAUGUUUCAACCAAACUUUAAGAUGGAAGGGCAAAUAUUCAUGGUAGAAAUAUCAUUUUGUCAUAUCUAAGAUGGUAUAAAUGUAUGCAAAACAACGUAACUUGGGACUUUUGUAAUUGAUAUUCUAUUGUAUUUUUUUAAGUUAAAUUAAGAAUUCUUGCUAACAUGUUUAAACACUUUUUCUAAAGCAAAUACUUGCAAAUUAUACCUUUAGAAAUUUAGGUUUCAUAGCGAACUCAGCUAUGAUUAAUGUUGUCAUAUUAGAAUGUGUUGGCAGAGGAACUUAAUCAGUUGCCUCGCUCAGAAAGUUCAAACUUAAACCCUGAAUUUGCUUUAUGCCUUUUAAUACUGACUUUAAAUAUGGCAACUUGGUUUGUACAUGAAUAUUGCAGUAUUUUAUUUCCAUAUAUUAAAAAAUAACAUUUCCACUCAGGAUAAUUACCACAGUUCUCCUGGGAGGGAGUGGUAUGAUUGUCAUGACAAUGUCAUGUGAUGGUAGAAUUUCUUCAUUGACGAAUCUAUAGUAGUUGUGUAUACUUUAUUUACCCAUGUUUAUGUUUCUACCAAAAACUGAAGGGUUUCUUUACUGUUCAUCUCCCUACUGAGAUCUUGAUACUCCCAAUGCAGAAUUAGCACUUGCAAACUGAAAUCCUUGGUACUAUUUAUACCACAAGGAGCAUCAGUCAAGUGAGACUGGACCAGUCAAUUAUGUAUUCUUAACAAAGGUGUCGAAAAUUGUGUAAUUUGUGGUAUAAACAGCACUACAGGCACAUCUGGUGUAAUAACAGCCAGCUUCUAAUGGUUUCAGUUAGCCAUUGGAUCUUUAUACAAUCUAAACCAACUUGUGCUUAACAUAUGUAUAUCAGUGUAGAAAAUGCAUGUGACAGACCAGCACAGCAAACAGUGUUUCUUUUAUGUGGCCUUCUUAAACCAUAAUCCACUUUUUUUUUUUUUUUUUUUUUUGGGGGGGGGGAGUAAGUGGGUCACUUCCCCCCAAAAAAAACAAAAAAUAAACAAAAAAAAAAACAUCCCACUAAGUACAUGUUUCUUAGUAUUUCUUGCCAAGGCCAACAGCCUUUUUGGGGCAUGGGAUGACAGAUACUCUAUGCUCUCAUGUUUCUGUAGCUAUGGUAAGUCAUUACAGUAUUGGAGGAGGCCACAAGUUUGCCAGUGUUUAGCUUCUGCCCAUGAGUCUAUACAGCUUAGUGCUGGGCUGCUUUUAAGUAUUGGGGAUUUGUGUUCAGAAACAUCCAAAAUAUUCCUGUCUAGUUCUAAUUCGAUUGUGACUGUGCAUUGCCAUCCAUACAUACUGAUAUGAGAGAGAUAUUUAGAAUUGCCUUGUGUAUUAUCUGGCAUUUACUACAUCUUUCCAGGUAAGUCAUCUUGCUGCCAGUCCAAAUUAUUGUACUUUGUCUCUUUAUAACAACCUUUGGCGUAACAAACUGUUCUUAGGCAGUGGGGAUAAAUAUUUCUUUUUUCAUGAUAUUUUGUGACUGACUUUGGCUGUAAAACUUUUUUGUUAAACAGCAAGAGGGUUUUUUUUUUCUGAGAUGUGUAAUUCUUUUAUGGAGUUUUUUAAUUUCAUAUUUUUUCUAACAUUGCUUCAUUAAACAAUUAAAUAUUUAAAAAUGUAAUAUUUGGACCAGAUGUUGUGAAUAAUAGUAGAUAAAGCUAUUUUAUUCUGUAUUUUUAAAGCUGUUCAGUAUAAAUAAAUGCGGGCAUAGAUGCAA